UACAUUUGUUUAAAUGAGUUAAGCAUCCAUCCAUUCUACCCAGAAAAACUGAUGCACCCUAAUAAGACAGCUUAGUUCGCCACAGCUGAGAACACCACAACACAACAACACCAUGCCUAUACCACAACAAACUCAUCAAAAAGGAUGGAAAACGGGAAACAUUCAUUUUACCACUUUCGUUUUGAGACACCCAUCCCGCGCGUUUGCAAUAACAUCGUUUAGAAAGCAGACAUAUUUCGUUACACGUCUUCUCAACAGCACAUCAACAUUCAUCUAAAAGACAAUCGUUUACACACCUCGUUAUACACACCCGGGCAGAUACUUUCGAUUCGUCUACGGGCCUAAGCUCUUUAUCGCCACAGAAGUUUAUACAAUUUUCUUGAUACAAAGUUCAAAACGCUUCUACAUAACCUUGGAUCAGCCGUGAUCCUUCCUAUUUUAACAUCCCUUCAUUUCGCAUCGAUCCCGCACUUGUUUCGUUUAAUUAAGUUUGGCAUUUAUUGUAACCGGAAUUUGUGUUAAAAAUAAAUUAUAACGUCUUUCCUAUUAGCAAAGAAUGCGUUUUAUUUAGUAACUUAAAUACAGAGGUGUGUGCUUCUCAAUUAGUUGGGCACCCAAAUAUUCAAAAUUUUUUUUAAGAAAAAGCUGCUACUUAGGCGCAGAGUAUUGUGCAACUUUGCAGUAUCAAAUGUCGGUGUGUAUACAUAUUUUGGUUGGAAUUGACCGCAAAUGUUAUUUAGACCUUGACUUCCGAACAAAUUAUCAAACGAUAUUUGUUCAUUAAAUAUUUGAGGAAGAAGUAAGGUUCAUCCUUAGAUUAUUUAAUACAUGUAACACCCCUAUUCUGUGCACUUGACAAAUUCAACAUAUUUCUAAUUUGUCAAAGUUUUACAUUUAUCAAGCAUUUGGUAAUCUGUGUCUGAAAUAAAAAGCUCUUUUCUUAAUAAGUUGUUAAGAUGUCAAAUGCUCUUGACAGCAGUGCUCGUUAUGAAUUAAAUAUUUGAUUGUGCAUCUUGUUGUGAAAAUGGAAGAUAUUUUACUUUUGUUAUUAUUGUUAAACGAAGAUGAAAAUUGUGAGAAUAGGAAUCGCGCGCGGCAUUUAAAAAGUUUACGCGACGAUAGCAAUCCAUUUUCUUUGAGCGAGAAUACCUUUGUGCAAAAUUUUAGAUUAACUCGUGAAAUUUGCCGCCGCCUGAUUGAUGAACUGGCCCCACAUGAUAAUCAGAAAACGUCACUACCUUUAACUGUAAGGGUUCUAGCAGCUGUGAACUUCUUUGGACACGGCUCAUAUCAGAAAUGUGUAGGUAACAACGUCAACUUGCCCAUGAGUCAGUCAUCCCUUUCGAGAAGUGUGCGAGCUGUAGCAAAACUUAUUGUGAAGGUGAAGGGAGGAGAAAUAAAGUUUCCCAGUUCAAUAGAGGAAGAAACUUUUAUAAAAACGGGAUUUUUUAGAAAAUUUGGAAUAAAAAGCACCAUGGGAGCAAUUGACUGCACGCAUAUUGCUAUCAUUGCUCCACCAUCAAAUAAUGUCGAACGUCCUCUUAAUUUAUAUUUAAAUAGAAAAGGAUUCUACAGUAUCAAUGUUGAAGCAGUUUGCGAUCACCGAUUAUGUUUUACACUUGUAAAUUCUAAAUUUCCGGGUGCAACACAUGACUCUGGAAUUUGGGCAACUUCUGACCUACGAGAACAUCUCAUUCGUCAGCAUACUAAUACAACGGAGAGAAUCUUGGCUUCUUGGCGAUCAAGGUUAUCCUCUAGAACCGUGGCUUUUAACACACGUGGCACUUUGGUUCUGCAAGAAACAGCAUAGAGAGAGCAUUUGGUGUUUUAAAAUCUCGCUUCAGAUGUUUGUUGAAGCACCGAGUUCUACAUUAUUCACACGAAACUUCCGCUUUGUUUGUUAGUACUUGCGUUAUAUUGCAUAAUAUAAUGACGAAAGCAGGCAUUACGUUCAACGAAAUAGAUGACGGGGUUCCAGAAGACUUUGAUUCUCCAAUUAAUAAUUAUAACUCUUCACAGUACGUGCGCGAAGGUGAAAGAACAAGAUCAAGAUAUAUAUCAACUCUUUAGUUAUAUAUAUACAGAAGCCAAUCUAUAUUCCUAUGUACAUAUAUAAAUGUUCUUACAAUUCGACUUUCGAAAUACACUACUUACUUCCAUUA